AUGAUGGCGUCGGAUGACGCGCCACUGCACUUUCAAGAUGCCAAGUCGCCGACGGUGCUAUGGAAUGUCUUCCACCGUCGUUCACGAACACAUCGCACCAAAGCAAUUGGCUUGUCACUAAUUGCAUUGUUCUUCUUUCUUUACAUACUACAAUCGUCCUCAAAGCGGGUCGAACAUGAUUUUUGGAGACAGUUUCCUUCCCGACAUCCCUUCCCCGAGCGCCCGGAAGAUGCCCAGGUCGUCCUCCCUCCCCGCGCCGACAUCACUCUCAACAGCACUCUCCCCCACAACCUAGACAAGCCCAACCCACGCCUACAUGUUCUCCUUCCAGCCUUCCAAGGCUCGCGUGGAGUCUGCCGAACGCUCACGUCGGCCAUGAUCCUUGGAUACCCGCCGCCAACGGUCAUUGGUUACGCACACGACUCCCCCGGAGCGACCGAGACGGAGCGCAUGGUGGAGCGCAUCACACGCGCGCGGAAUUAUCUCCGAGACAGCAAAAUUGUCCAUGACCGCGACUUGGUGCUGAUGGUGGAUGGACAGGAUACGUUCUUCCAGUUGCCGCCAAACGUCCUAGUGGAGCGGUUCCAGGGUAUUAUACGUGCGAACAACCAGAAGCUACGGAACAGGUUCGGACUCGCACAGGUGGAGGGUCGAAGCCCCGGUUCUGCGCCUGAGCUAGUACAGAAAUAUACUCAGCGCGUUCUUUUUGGUGCGAGCAAAAAAUGCUUCCCCGAGUUGCUGGACGACCCCGGUUGCGUAUCUGUGCCUGAAUCAUCCCUGCCCCCGGAUGUAUAUGGCUGGAAGACUGAUGUCUAUCCGGAUGGGUCUUUGAACCGACCUCGGUGGUUGAACCCCGGGGCGGUGAUUGGUCAGGCUGCCGAUGUGCGUUUGAUCUACGAUGAAGUCUUGCGGCUAGUCGAGUUGGGCUCGAAUAAGACCGGAGACUACAAGGCUCUGACGCAGAUGUAUGGGCGCCAAGAGGUGAUCAGAGAAUUAGAGCGGCGGCGGACAGCCAACAGUUUCAAAGAAUAUGUCGACUGGAUGUUAGGCAUCUCAGAUGCAGGGAACAUCACCGGAAUUAGUCUCCGGCUAGAGACAGGCCACCGCUACGAGUUCGGCAUUGGGGUCGAUUUCGAGUCCCAGCUUUUCUUUAAUCAGAUCUUGUCCCGCAAAGAUGUUGAAUGGGUCAAGUAUAGCAAUAUCACCAAGAUGUCGGCGUUGCAAAUGGAACACGGAGUUCCGCGUGAACAUCGCCUGCUCCUGCCGCCGGAUAUCGCAGCUCUCCCCAACCCAUUCGUCCAGUCCCGCUUCGCGAAAGAAUCAACCCAACGACCAGUUUGGAACGCUACACUAGACAAACUCCCCAGUACAGGCGGGCACUCCUGGAGCAAUAUCUCACUAUUGACGAACGUCCAUUCCGCCUCCGUGCCAGUACUAGCACAUCUCAACGGCGAUAUUAAACUCCGCAACACCUGGUGGGAGAAGAUGUGGUUUUUCCCCUGGGGACGCGCACUAUUACGCAAAUACGUCCGCGACUCGCACGGUUUCGACGCCGCCCAGUCAUCCCUGCUGGGUGGGCAGGACUGGUUCGAGGUGCGAGGAGGCCGAGGGGGGAUCUGGACAGAUGACGAGAACUGGGUCACUUUCGCUGAAGUGUGCAAUGGCGAAGAACGAGACCUCUUUGACGAUGGUUUCGGACCCUGGGAUAAGGAGAAUUAUAAUCCAGAUCAUCCGGUCUAUAAUCAGUAUGGAAGUCUCAUUGCGGGCAAGGAAGAAAAGAAAAGUGAGAAAAGCGAGAAAAGCGAGAAAAAUGAGAAACAUGAGAAACAUGAGUAG